CGAGAAGACGCCCGGUCGAGCGCGGCGAGUCCCCAGGGACCGGCACGCAGCUCCCGCGGCGCGACGCCUCCGGCAGCAACAGCCUAGACAGUGUGAGCGGACAGUGCGCCCCUUCGCCGCCCGCAGGUGCCCGCCGCGCCUGCACGCGUCUCCCGCCCGCCAGCCGCGGCCAUGGCGCCCACCUGCACCAACAGCACUCGCGAAAACAACAGCAGCUACACGUGCAUGCCCCUCUCCAAAAUGCCCAUCAGCCUGGCGCACGGCAUCAUCCGCUCGAGCGUCCUGCUCAUCUUCCUCGCCGCCUCCUUCGUCGGCAACAUAGUGCUGGCGCUUGUGCUGCAGCGCAAGCCACAGCUGCUGCAGGUGACCAACCGCUUCAUCUUUAACCUCCUCGUCACUGACCUGCUGCAGAUUUCGCUUGUGGCCCCCUGGGUGGUAGCCACCUCCAUGCCUCUCUUCUGGCCCCUCAACAGCCACUUCUGUACCGCUCUGGUUAGCCUCACUCACCUGUUCGCCUUUGCCAGCGUCAACACCAUCGUCGUGGUGUCGGUGGAUCGCUACCUGUCCAUCAUCCACCCUCUCUCCUACCCGGCCAAGAUGACCCAGCGCCGGGGUUACAUGCUCCUCUAUGGCACCUGGAUUGUGGCCAUCCUGCAGAGCACACCCCCACUCUAUGGCUGGGGCCAGGCUGCCUUUGACGAGCGCAAUGCCCUCUGCUCCAUGAUCUGGGGGGCCAGCCCCAGCUACACCAUUCUCAGCGUCGUGUCCUUCAUCAUCAUCCCACUGAUUGUCAUGAUUGCCUGCUACUCCGUGGUGUUCGGUGCGGCCCGACGGCAGCAUGCUCUGCUGUACAACGUCAAGAGCCACAGCUUGGAGGUGAGAGCCAAGGACCAUGUGGAGAAUGAGGACGAAGAGGGAGAGAAAAAGGAUGAGUUCCAGGAUGAGAGCGAGUUUCAUGGCCAAGAUGAAGGUGAGGUCAAGGCCAAGGAGGGCAGCGUGGAAGCCAGGGAUGGCAGCCGGAAGGCCAAGGAAGGGAGCAUGGAGAGCAGUGAGGAGAGCGUGGAGGCCAAGGGCAGCGAGGAGGUCAGAGGAAGCAGCUCGGUGGCCAGCAAAGGCCGCACGGAGGGUAAAGAAGGCAGCACCAAGACUGAGAGCAGCAAGAAGGCAGACAAGGGCGGCAGAGAGGUCAGCCAGUGCAACAUUGACUUGGGUGAAGAUGACUUGGGCUUUGGUGAGGAUGACAUCAAUUUCAGUGAGGAUGACAUCGAGGCGGUGAACAUCCCCGAGAGUCUCCCAGCCAGUCGUCGAAACAGUAACAGCGACCCUCCUCUGCCCAGGUGCUACCAGUGCAAAGCUGCUAAAGUGAUCUUCCUCAUCAUCUUCUCCUACGUGCUGUCCCUGGGGCCCUACUGCUUUCUAGCAGUUCUGGCCGUGUGGGUGGAUGUCCAAACCAAGGUACCCCAGUGGGUGAUCACCAUAAUUAUCUGGCUUUUCUUCCUGCAGUGCUGCAUCCACCCCUACAUCUAUGGCUACAUGCACAAGGCCAUCAAGAAGGAGAUCCAGGAUAUGCUGAAGAAGUUCUUCUGCAAGGAAAAGGUCCCCAAAGAAGACAAUCACCCUGACCUGCCUGGAACCGAAGCCGGCACCGAGGGUGGAACCGAAGGCAAGAUCGUCCCUUCUCACGAUUCUGCCACUUCGCCUUGAAGUUGGUUCUAAGGUAAACCUUCAACUGUCCACAGAAAACAGGAGCGGCUUUCUCUUAAAUGGACCAUCCACAGCCCCAUUAAUGCCAGCUCAUACCAUUCCAGGCAAAGGUUCCGCACACAUCCCUCUCACCACAAGGUAGAUAAAUGUAUGGAAGUGUGCCCCUCAAAGAAUGGACUGGAGGAUUCUGACUGGAAUUCCCCCCAAAAAAUUAUUAGGCUCUAAAUUUCUUAAAGCAACAAGGGCUAUCCAUUUUGGACCCGCACUUGGUAUUCUGUGUGUCUCCCCAGAGUUACCGUGUGUCGGCUUUCGCUCUGAGGGAGAAGGAAGAUGAUGCUGGAGAACUUAAGGACUUUUGAGCUCAUGGGCAGAGGCUUCAGCCUGUGUUCACCUGAAUGGAAAGCAACGGAGCAACUCGUUCAUGGAGCCCAGGAAGCAGAAUCCUACUGACUGAUCAACGUAUGAGCCAAAUUCUAAACAGAAGAGACCCACAAUCUGGUGCAAAGACUAUUACAGAAACUAAGGGCAUCGCAUAGUUAAAAUACCAAAAAGUUUCUAGAUCCCCUAAAGGGAUCAAGAAAAGUGGAAGAGGAUAGUAGGGCUUAUUUGAAGUGGGAAGCUAGUCCAAGGGAGAAAACAGAGAAAUAACAUACACACACGGGGCUAAACAGUGGACUUUUUUUCUGUAAAAUCCUGGAUUUGUGCAUGGGCUGAGACCAAAAUUAUUUCAUGCAAAUAGAAAAUUGUCAGUUAACACUAUUUUCUGUCUCCCAUUUGAAUAAUAGUGGGACAAAAAUCAUGCCACUCUUUUGCAAUUUUCCCUUUGUGAUUGACUUGAGAUGCUCACAACAAUCAUUCAAAAUGCCCUCUGCCAGUCACUUGUGUGGUUUUUUCCCCAGAUAGGCCUUUUUGGUCAGACAGUAUUUCCAGAAAAAAAGAAAUUCCAUUAGGGGUGGCCAAAGUCCUACAAAACUCCCACUGCCAAUCAAGAGUAAUGUGCCCACUAGAAAUCUCUUUUGUGUCCAUGAGACCAUAGACCAAGAAUAUGAUCUCCACAUGGAGAGCACGUAAGGCAGGAGAAGCCUCUUCCUUCCUCCAGGCACACUCACGUGUCCUAUCCACCUGUGGCUCUGUCUGAAGCCUUUCGGCUCUCCCCAGAUGUAGAAGAGAAAGAUAAGAGGGUCACAAAUAACAGAAAAGAUGGUUUCUCAAUACCUGGCAAGCAUCUGACCUAUUCCAAAUAACCCUAAGAUCAAAGCGUUCAGGUCAGACAUAUCCUAAUUAUGGCUGUUAAAAUAUAUAUCACUUGGAAAAACCUUUACGAUAUCUAUAUUGUCCCUCGGGGCAAUGCAGGGGAAGAGUUUUCAAAUCUCAAACCCUGGAAACCACUUUGGGUAGGGAUAGUAUACACUUGUGUAUUUCUGAGGGCACCGACCAUAUCAACACGACCAAACAACACAAAACCAAAAAAUGAUCAAAACAGUGUUUUUGAUUCUCCUGAAGAUCAAAUUAAAGCAGCUCUACGGUCAGUUGAGUGUUCAUGCAGAAAUCUGAUGUUAAUAUGGGUGGAGGGCGAGGAGGGAGGAUUUGGUUGCAAAAAAUGGUUAAUCAGGUGGUUGUACAUAAAGAUGGCCAUGUUCAGAGUUUAGUCUCAUUCUUGUGUAAUUACCAUGUCUAUAUUAGAACUCAAAUUUCAUUCAUUUAAAAGUCAAGCUCAUUUAUAUUUUAUCUCUUCCUCCUGACAGAUUGCAACAUGAACUUCUCAAGGGGAAGAGGUGAAUAGCAGUGUAUUUGGGCUAAAUCUGCAUGGGAAUUUGGCAUCACCAUGCACAGAAUUUAGGAGCGGAGAGGCGACAGACCCAAAUAACUCUGAGCUGACCUGUCAACUCAGUAUAUCCAUGAAAAUCGCAUUGAUUUCAACCCCAUUAAUUUGGGACUUGUGGUAAUUCAGACAAGACAUGGGGGCUGAAGUUUACCCUUGCAGAGCAUUUAUUUUUCUACCAACAUGUGUAAAUUUAUGAUUCCAGUUUAUUGCCAAACUCUUGCACUGACCUGUCCUCAGAGGAUAUCUGAACAAAGAAACGGCCUGUGUACCAGUCCUUCUAUGGUGGGAGGGGUGUCGCCUCCACGAUCUGUCACAGUUGGAGAAGUUCAAGGUAGCUGUAGCCUGACCUUCGAGUAGCAGUGCUGACCUGGGUAGGCAACAGGAUUUCAAACAUUAAAUGUCUUCAAAUAUUUUGUUGAAACUGAACUUCUUGUUUUAUUUUUAAAGAUGAACCCCUUCAAAGUGUAUCAGAGAAAAUUGUUUGCCAAAAUCCCAAAUCAAAAUGGAAGCAGAGCCUGUACGCGUGUGGUAAGUCCACCUCCCAGCACACACAGUGUUCUCUAAGGCACCGGGACGCACCGAUUUCCUUUUUCAAGUUCCCCCUUUCCCUGUUUUUAGCCAUUGUCCACUCUUAUAGCAACUUGGAUUUUUCAAAGGUGAAAACCUUUCAAAAGCGGGAGACUGGAAAAGAGGACCUUGGAAUUCGGAGCAUUCUGCUUUGCCAACAUUUUCUUCUUAACCAUCAAUAGGGCCUCCAGUUAGCUUGGACACAGCGACAGCUUCAAAUUUUAUGCAAUUUUGAAUAAAACACUAUCAACUUCAUGAGGUUUUACUGCACAUACCGUUUUGUCAUUUGAAAACCUGAAAGCAGACAGAAAAGUCAUCAUUAGCCUCACAGACCCUCAUGUGCAGUAGCAUUCCCUGAAUGUUUUUAAAGGAUGUAUUCCUUUGCCAAGGCCACUCCAUGUGUGCAGUAAAAAUCCCAUUAAAUUAUAGGGGCCAGA